AUGGUCUCGGUGCGCAGAAGAAAGAUGAGCCGCUCCGGCGUGGCGAAGAACACCCGCCGCAACAACAACAACAGCAAGACCAAGUACAACCCCCGCUCCAACCCGGUCAUCGCCAAGCACUGGGACCCGGCACUCACAGCGAAGCAGAACUACAAGAGGCUCGGCCUUGCAUUCCGGCUGUCGGCAGCAAGCGGCGGUGAGGAGCAGCGUCUCCGCGUGAGGCCCAUCCAGCACGGCAACAUGGAGGAGAGUCUCUUUGACGACGCAGACGACGACGACCCCGCCGCCGCCCCAGAGCUCGACCCGUACGACCCCGCCAACAUCCUCGAGGGCACCGCCAAGAUGGUCAGGGACGCCGCCGGCAACGUCGUGCAGAUCGUCUACGGAACCAAGAAGCUCGCCGACACGCCUGCCGCACCGCAGCGGUCUGCAGACGCCGCCGCCGACGCCAACGCCGACCCCGACUCCGACUCCGACGACGCCACCACCGCGCACCAGGUGAUCGGCGAGCUCGAGGCCCUUGCCAGCCUGCCCAAGCGCAAGGAGGUGCGUCGCAUGAACGAGCUCGACACCGCCCGCUGCCGCCGCCUGAUCGCCCUCUACGGCGACGACUACGAACGCAUGCGCUGGGACAACAAGCUCAACCCCUUCCAGCUCAGUCCGGGCCAGCUCCGCAAGCUGCUGCUGCGCUUCCGCCACCAGCAGGCCCGGGACGUCUAG